CGCUGCACGAGAGAGCAGUCGUUGCCAGGAAGUGACGUUACCUGGUUACUAGGCACCAUGUCCCGCUGACAGCAGCCAGCUGAAGCACGCUAACGAAGAUUUGUUUUUAAUGCGGUUUUGCGUUUAAUUCGUUUGUCUCCUGAUCUUUGUACACCCUCUCUAACGAGGUUAAUGCAACUGUAACACGAACCACUUUUUACCGGGCGACCCUUUAUCAGGUUCAGUUUGUUGGGGAGGACUGCCAUGUUGAGCCCCGGUGAACUAGAAGGUGAAGUGGACCAUUCGUUUUUCGACAGUGAUGGUGAAGAUACUAGUGCCAGCAAAGAUGGAGGGGAAAAGUUGGAGAAAGGCGGGAAGGCUGAAAAGGAGGUCCCACCAGCACACGAGAGGCUACAACCAAAACCAAUUGAAAAUACAAAAGGCAGCUCUCAUUUAAAGGGAGAAGAUAAAAGCAUGGAACCCAGCAUACCAUUGGAUAAAGUACUCAAUGAUGGCAGUACGCCCUCAAAAAGGCGUACAUCCCCUACUUUCAGUGAAAGCAGUGCAGGUGCAGACUCAGAGAGCUCCUCUAGAAGUAGCAGUAGGAGAAGCAGUCCAGAUUCACGCACCCUUCCCAGGCCCAACAAAACACCUGCAGUAGGUAAGACCAGAGGGGGCUCAGCAGGAUCUCGGCGUGUUCCUAUUGGCCGUACAGAGGAGUCAGAGGGUACAGUGACAAAUGUUAGCCGCCUCUCCUCUCCUGACACCAGCCCUCUCCAGUCGCUGGACCUGAAUCACACAGAGGGAAGCCUUAAAGAGCAGCGGAAGGAGAAGAGGGUGCCCUCCAGUGGCCUGAGCGACAUGCAUCAGGAGGAGGACUCAGACCAGGAUGUGGACGAGUGCUCCCUCAGGACAGAGAGCCAUCUUGAAGGUGAACUGGUCUUCCACCAUCCUGGACGGAGAAACAGGAAGAACUACUCAUUCAGCAAUGAUGAGGCUCAACGUAUAGAACGGGAGAACCAUCGUCUUCUUCGGGAGAUCUCGCGCCAUUCUCCAGCACCAAGACCAGGAAGCAGCGCGAGGAAGAAAGCCCAUCCGGCCAGCAAGUCGGCGUUUAUCCGACUCUCUCACAGCGCACUGAACAGGCAGCGGGAACAGCAGCGCAUCGAGAGGGACAACCUGGCUUUCCUGAAGAGGCUGCAGACCGCCAAGCCGACACCUGGCCUGAAACGCUCAGAACAACUGCAGGACUUCCAGCGACAAGCCGCAUACUUGGGAGCUUCAUCAUACCCAAUGUGUACGUCCACACACAAGAAAGAGAAGUCUCCCAGCAAGACGCCCUCAGUAGCUGGACCCAGGCCGGGCAGUUCGGUCCCCCACAGCUCCAGUGCAGCUUCCCCCUCACCUGACCCUGGUGAUACUCCCGUACCCCUUACAAAGAGAACGAGUGCAGCCAAACCAGAACACAGCCAUGAUGAAAAAUAAACUUGUUUUCCAGUGAUUGAUGAUGCCAUUUCAUCUGUAUUUCUUCCUUUCCCCCUUUUGUUCAUAUUUGUACAGUUUAUAAUGCACAUAAGAAUAAUUAAAUAUUUAUUUGAAAUAUCAUUUGGUGUUAUGUAUAUUGUGUGCCUUCAAAAACUAAGCUGGUUGAUCGAGCAAUUCGUUUUCAACUUUAAAUUGGGGAAUGAUGGACCAAAACAAUGAUAUUCUCUUGUUUCCUAAAACUUACCUGUACAAACUGAUCCCAUGUGGCAACAUUGAAACAAACAAUAGGUUUAUAGAUUGGUUGUUGAUGAAACUACUCCAAAUAUUUCUGGGGUACUCUUGAUGUUAUAAAAAAGUUCUAAAAAAAAUAAUGCUGUGGUACAAACCUUUCAGGUGGUUAAUAUUGUUUUCUUCUGGUGAUGUAUGAGCAUAUGUUUGUGGAUUUUGUUUUGAUGAUGGCUAAAUUGUAUUUAGCUGUUUUAUUCUCAGGGAUCUGUUAUUAUACAUGAUGGCAUACUGUCAUGGCUUAUUGAGUCACAGGGCCAUUGUUAUUGUCAUUAAUUAAGGCUGUACUUGUUCUGCUAUAUGUCAAAUGGCCUGCUCUGAAAGGUUCCUAUUUAACUGAUGGUGGGUUGCUGCAGAAACAGAACAAGCAUCACAAAUACUGGAAUAUUAGACUAAUAAAUCUUUAUUAUUAAUAAAAUAUUAGGUGAUGUUGAAUUCAUGGGUCAGAGGGGUCACAACAUAACAACACAUGGACCUCAGCAACUGAAACACUGGCUUCUGUCACACUGAAAGGCCGUCUGUGCCUUGCAGAUGGG